AAUCUAAAACUAAAAAGAUACUUUCUCAAUUCACUUUUAAUAGGAUUAAUUUAAUUUUUUAAUUUUUUAAAUAUAAAUUUUAAAUAAAAAUUUAAUAAUUUAUAUAAAUAAUAAUGUCACGCCCCAGAACCCGAAUCCGAGGCGCGACAGACGCCGUGCACUCGUGAGACGAGUCCCACAAAUGCACAAGGCUCGGAACUUACUGAACAAAAUCAGUUUUGAUACCAUAAAAUUUCCAAUUAAAAUCUAACUCACAAGAGCGUGGUGUACAUGUAUCUAAAAUCUAUGUCAAAUCUCAAGGGGCUAGCCUUUUAUCACGUCACUCCCCUUGAUUUUCGAGUCUCGGGGCACACUACCUGAAAUGGUGGACGAGAAAAACGAGGUGAGAUAACUCAGUAAGUAAAAUAUGGAUUGCCCUUAAUUAAACUUAUAGCAUGCCAACAUGUGCAAUCACGAAAAAACGGAUACAGUACGGGCACGAAAUAGACGUCUCCUCUAUAGGUCAUGGCCAGUUCCCACUGGCAGGCAAACAGGAAUGGCCAGUUCCCACUGGCAGGCAAACAGGAAUACUAGUGUAUAAUCCCCACUAAUAAAUUGUCGCCCUUUUGCCUUGUUUGCAGUAGAAACCGGUGGGAUGGAAUCAAUCAAAGAAGAGCAAUCACUCAACUAAAAUCAAAGCAGAAUGUAAUCCUAUUAAGAUCCGUCUCUGCAUUCUGCCUCUUCCACCAUCCAAAUUCAUCACUCUUUUUUUUUUUAUUAUCUUGUUCGAACUUGGAAGGCAUCUUCUCAGCUUGUAGCAUUGAAAUUAAGAAUAUUGCUUCUCUCGUUCAAAUCGAACUAUGGAAGUUGCAACCCUUGCUGGAGGUGCUCUUUUGUCAGCAACGGUCGAUUUAUUGCUCUCGAAGUUGAGUUCUUCUGUAAGUGAAUGGCUGAAUUUGCCAGAGAAAGUUCGUGUCGAGCUGCAAAAUUGGAGGAAUCUUUUGCCAAAAAUCAGUGCUCUACUUGAAGAUGCUGAAGAGAAGCAAGGAAGAGACCGCUUUGUGAAGUUAUGGCUUGCUGAUCUCAAGGAUUUGUUUUAUGAUAUGGAGGACAUACUUGAAGAGGUCGAGAUUGAUGCCAAGAGGUUUGAGCUGUCUGCAGAAGUCCAAGCCAGCACCAAGAGGUUGCAAACUAAGCUCUCAGGUCAAAAGUUCUUACUUGUGCUAGAUGAUAUUUGGAAUGAAGACUAUGAAUUAUGGGAGAACUUACAAAGGCCUUUCCUAGCAGGAGCACCAGGAAGCAAAAUAAUCAUCACAACUCGUAUUGAGAAUAUUGGGAAGAUGAUAAGAGGAAAUGAUGGAGUUUGUCAUUUGUCGUUGCUAGAGGAUGAUGCUUGUUUGUCACUAUUUGCUCAAAUUUCAUUGGGGGCAGAAAACUUUGAUGAAUAUCCAAAUCUUAAAAGAGUAGGGGGGAAAAUUGUUGAAAAAUGUAAAAGAUUGCCAUUGGCUAUAAAAGCCCUUGGUGGCCUCUUGCGUGGUAAGGCAGAUCUUGCUGAGUGGGAAAACAUAUUGAACAGUGAGAUAUGGGGUCUACCAGAUGGUAAUACUAGCAUUCGCAUUCUUCCUGCUCUGAAAUUGAGCUAUAAUCACCUUCCUUCCCAUUUGAAGAGAUGUUUUGCCUAUUGUUCUAUGUUUCCUAAAGAUUAUGAAUUUGAUGAAGGUGAGUUGGUUUUAUUAUGGAUGGCAGAAGGAUUCUUGCAACAACAACCACAGACAAUGAAGAAAAUGAAAGGCCUUCAUCAUCAGUCCUUUCGUGAGCUAGUGUCGAGGGCUUUUUUUCAACGGUCCAGUAGGAAUGAGUCGUUGUUUGUGAUGCAUGACUUGAUGGUUGAUUUAGCCUUGCAUGUUGCUGGAGAUAUAUGCUACACCCUUGAAUCAGAUGGAGAUAUAUCAGAUACAAGGUUUCAAAGAGUCCGUCAUUUGUCAUUAUUUCCUUCUUGCUCUGAAGUGUCAAAAAGAUUUGAAUUUCUGAAGGAAAAGAAGAAUUUACGUACAUUUCUACGACUGAGGGAGUUCAAGUUGGUGGGAGGGUACUUAUCCAACACACUCUUGCAAGAUUUGAUGAAAGAUCUAAAAUGUUUAAGGGUGUUGUCUCUUCAGAAAUAUACGAUAACGAAGCUCUCUGAUCAGAUUGGAGACUUGAAGCAUCUUCGAUUCAUUAAUUUGUCUAAGACAAAUAUUAAAAGUCUUCCUGAGUUAGUGGGUUAUCUUCUUUACUUACAAACAUUGUUGUUAAGGGAAUGCUACGAGCUUUCCAAUUUGCCUGCCACAAUCGGGAAUCUACUUGAUCUCCAACAUCUUGAUUUAGUUGAGACAAAGUCUUUAAAAGAGUUCCCAUCAGAAAUCAGCAAUUUGACAAGACUUGUAACAUUGUCAAAAUUUAUUGUUGGAAAUGCUCGAGGACCAAGAGUGAAAGAUUUGAAGAACUUGUCAAGUCUUCAAGGCCAGCUUUCCAUUUUGGAUUUACAAAAUGUUGUGGCUGCAAAUGAAGCAAAGGAGGUGAAUUUGUUUGAGAUUGAGGGAUUAAAUGAUUUAUCCUUAGAAUGGUCUUCUGAUUUCCUUAACAACCGAAAUGAAAGAUCUGAAUUGCAAGUUCUCAGCUGGUUAAAGCCUUAUCAUGGUUUGAAAAGAUUGACAAUCAAUUGUUUUGGUGGGUUGGAAUUCCCACCUUGGAUAGGUGAUCCAUCAUUUUCCAACUUGGAGUUCUUGAAGCUCAACAAUUGUCAAAAAAGCACUUCAUUACCGUCACUCCAGCAAUUACCACGACUCAAAGAAUUGAUCAUUACAGGCAUACAUGCAAUACAAACUAUGAUGCUUGACGAGGACAAUUCUUCUUCAGCUUUGUCUUUUCCGUCAUUGGAGAGUUUGAAAUUGCGAGACUGCCUUAUACUAAAAGGAAAAUUUCCAAAAUGCAUUCUUGUACUUAAAAAGCUAGAGAUUGCCGAAUGCCCAGAGUUAAUAUAUUCACCAAUAAGUCUUCCAUCACUUGAAGAGUUGUGUGUUAAAGGAUGUAGUGAGGCUGUCUUGAGGAGUACGGUUGACCUCAACUCACUCAAAACAUUGAGAAUCAGCAGAAUUUCUAAGUUGAUUUGGUUGCCCAAGAGUUUUGUAGAGUCCUUGAGAGCACUUGAGGUUAUGGAGAUUGAAAGUUGUGAUGAACUCACUUGUUUGUGGGAGGAAGGAGCCAAUAUGGUAAACCUUGCAUUUCUUAAGAGGAUGCGGAUCAGCAGAUGUCCUGCUCUCAAAAUGUUUCCAAGAGGCAAGUUACCCACCACGCUUAAAAUCGUGGAAAUUAAAGAAUGUGAAAAGCUAGAAUCUUUACCAGAAGGAAUAUUGAUGAAUAAUGGUGAUGCAUGUCAAGUGUCCCAUCUUGAAGAAUUAAGGAUUGACAGAUGUCCUUGUCUGAAAUCUUUUCCAAUUGGCCACCUACCCAAUUCUUUUAAACACCUUUUUGUCCGUGAUUGCAAGCAAUUGGAAUUUAUCCCUCAAAGAAUGCUGCAGUAUUAUAGGGAACUUGAAGAGAUUUAUAUCGAUGGGAUAGAUAAGUUAGAUGCUUUAGAUGGUUUGGAGUUGUUCUGCCCGUUUAUCCCCAAUCUUAAAAGGUUAAUCAUAAAGAGUUUCAAGAAUCUCAAGUCCUUACCUGAUAAGCUGCAAGACCUCAACUCUCUCGAUGAAUUAUGUAUAAGCAAUUGUCCAGGAAUUGAGUCUAUACCAGACGGUGGUUUGCCUCCGAACCUAAAAUGUCUUAGAAUUUCUGAUUGCCCAGGGAUUGAGUCCAUUCCAGACUUUGGUUUUCCUCCAAACCUCAGAGAUCUUCAUAUAUUUGGUUGCAAGAAUCUCAAGUCCUUACCUGAUAAGCUGCAGGUCCUCAAUUCUCUCGAUAAAUUAUAUAUAACAGAUUGUCCAAGAAUUGAGUCCAUAUCAGAUGGUGGUUUGCCUCCGAACCUAACUUCUCUUGUAAUUAGCAAUUGCCCAAGAAUUGAGUCCAUUUCAGACCCUGGUUUGCCUCCGAACCUAACAUUUCUUACAAUUCGCGAUUGCCCAAGAAUUGAGUCCAUUCCAUACUGUGGUUCUGCCCCAAACCUUGGAGAACUGAUAAUUGAUUGCGAGAAUCUGAAGAAGCCGAUGCAAGAAUGGGGCCUCAGCAGCAUCACUUCGCUUCUAACUUUUGAGAUUUGGUGGAUAUGUCCUCCAGAUAAUGUGCUUCCCACUUCUCUAACCAGUCUUGUGGUGCGUAAAGUUGAAAAUAUGAAAUCCAUAUCUAGAGGGCUCCUCCAAAACCUCAACUCUCUUCAACGUUUAACAAUUAGGGAUUGGCCAAAGCUGCAGACGCUGCCAAAGGAAGCCCUGCCUGCCUACCUUCAAGUGUUAAUUAUUUGGGAAUGCAACAACUUCCAGUCCUUGCCAAAUAAAGUCUUGCCUCCCUCGCUUCAACGUUUAUUCAUUGGGCAUUGUGACAACUUCCGGUCCUUGCCGAAGGAAGGCCUGCCUCCCUCGCUUAAACUACUCCAUAUUACAUACUGCUCGCUGCUGCAACGACGAUGCAUGGAGGAGAAAGGAGACUAUUGGCCCCUCAUUGCUCACAUCCCCUGCAUUGAAGUUGAGAUGCCAGAACCAAUACCUGAUCAGAAUCAAGUAUUAAAGGGACACAACAUUGCCACUCUUGGGAAAUAAAUGUUAGAAGUGGUAAUCCUUUUUCCUUCCUUCCAUUUUACCUGAUUCAUCUAAUAUAUAUGCAGUUUCUGUUCCUUAAUGAGUGAAACUGUUUCAAAGCUGUGAGAUAGUCCAACUUACUAGCUAUUGCAUUUUAUUUACUAAAUUCUUGGUUAGCAGCACAUUUCUUGUAUGGCUCACAAAAUGAAAUCUUGAUUUAUGA